GCGUGGUUGUGUGUCAGUUUCGCUGGGACCCGCGGUCGGUGCCGGUGAGGAGGGGGAUGGGCGCCUCUGCGACUGUAAGGAUCCGAGACAGAGUCAGAGCCCCGUAUCACAUACAGCAGCAUAUACCCCAUUAUAAAUAGCGACUGUAAAUAUUCAAUACACUCAAAUAAAUGGAUUUAUCCACCGGGGAUCUAUCGUAGACACUCAAUGGAUGCACUGCACCUGAACAGGACAGGGAGUUUAACUUUCCUUCUAUGUGUGGGAGACACUGAGAAGUUUGUUUCCUACCCCUGGAGAGGGAGCUACUUUUAAGGGCAAAGGAUACAGGAGACUCCGAGGCCGACGUCAGGCCUACUGGUCUGGCUGGAUUUGAUGUUGGGAUACUCUAAGGACUUCCUUCUGUACAUGAAUUUGCCUCGCUUGUACAAGUUUGGAAUGCCUCUUUAGGUCCCCCAUGACCGUGAGCCGUGGGCUACGGCUCGGCGGCGCCCCACCUCUGGAGUGGUCUGUUGCUGUAGUUGGGACCCUGUGAUUUCCCUCCCCAUCUCUCCUCCUCCCCCCCGUCCCAUCCUGUCCCUCCCCUCCCCCUCCCCCUCCUCCCCCCUCUUCCCCCACUCCCACGCGUCGCUGUGCUGGACGUCAUGAGCAUAGUAAUCGCGCUGGGAGUCACCACACCUGAAACGUCUUACUCAGAUAUGGCUGCUGGAUCAGACCCGGAGUCAGUUGAAGCAAGCCCUGCCGUGAAUGAGAAAAACUACAACAACCACAGCUGUGGGAGCGCACAGAGUCAUGGGUAUCGGGGACUACCAUAUGCUAUGCAACAGUCUUCCGUUGUGUGUUGUCAGGAUCACAACUAUGGCGCGCCCCCUCCCCCCACCCCACCCGCCUCCCCGCUCUCCCAAACCAUCAUUCCCCGCAUGGAUCUCAACGGCGUGGUACGCAGCUCCCGCUAUCACGAAACCACAGAGGACAACUCAGCCGACAGCGACAGCUCCUCAGAGGAGGAUGGGGCCGUGGCCAGCUGGUGUCACUGCAGCCUGACGCCGGACGGCCUGCUCAUCAAAUGUGACAAUUGCAGGGGACUUGACAGGAGGAAAGGAGCAGAGGGCCAACACAGGAAAACAGAAAAUGUCUCAGCUGGAGAGAGCAGUGCCACAGAGAGUGGUGAUGAGGAGGUAUCGCCCUCCACCAUCUCCUACACCGCCACCCAGCAUACGCCCACCAGCAUCAAACUCACUGUCAACCGGGUCAAAAGGAGCAAAUCCAAAAAGAGGAAAAAGAGCACGGAGAAGGCCCGCGGAACGCCGAAGGGCAAGAAAGUCAAGGCUUUCAGAGAGGGUUCUAGGAAGUCUAUGAGGAUGAAGAACUCAACAACGGAGGCCAACGUGCUGGACGAGAACACAGCAGAGGGAUGGGAGAGCAGGAUCCGCCAGUGGACAGACCAGUAUGAGGAGGCUUUAGCCAACCAAUACAGCGCUGACGUCCAAACGCUGCUCCAGCUUCACCGUGCUGCCAGCACCACUGUCUCAAAGACAGAGAGCGACACCACAACACCUCCCGCCACCACACAGAUCCACGCCUCAGUCGACGCCAUGGACACCAUCAACCGCACUGAGCUGGCCUGUAACAACACAGUGCUGGGCUCACAAAUGCAGCUGCAGUUGGGGCGGGUCACACGGGUGCAGAAACACAGAAAGAUCCUCCGAGCUGCCAAGAACCUAGAACCAGACACUCUCAUCAUUGAAUAUCGGGGAAAGGUCAUGCUCAAACAACAGUUUGAGGUCAACGGACACUUCUUCAAAAAACCCUACCCUUUUGUGCUGUUCUACUCAAAGUUUAACGAUGUAGAGAUGUGUGUCGAUGCAAGGACCUUUGGAAAUGAUGCCCGCUUCAUCAGGAGGUCCUGUACACCAAAUGCUGAGGUCCGGCAUAUGAUUGCUGAGGGCAUGAUCCAUCUGUGUAUCUACGCUGUCAGUCAAAUCACAAAGGACGCUGAGGUCACCAUUGGAUUUGACUACGAGUUCAAUAGCUGUAAUUACAAAGUGGACUGUGCCUGCCAUAAGGGCAACCAGAACUGCCCGGUGCAGAAACACAACCUGAGCCCCAGGGAGAGCUUGCUGAGUCCCCCGUCCCUGCCGCCUCCCUCCCCUCUGGUUGGUGCUGAGACUCGACGGAGGAAGGCCCGUAGGAGAGAGCUGGAGGGCUGCCUGACCGGGGACGGCAGCCAGAACCUCGACCAGCACCAGGAGGCCAAAGAACUGCAGGGGACCAGUGAUGCAGAGGAGAGACUGCUGGAUGAGAUGAAGGUGGAAGAGGGAGAGGAAGGAGAGGUGGAUGAAAAUGGGGUUGCCAUCUCCAGUAAAAGAACAUUUAACAGUCUGGAAAGGAGGCGGAGGAGAGUAGGAGGAGCAGAUGUAAAGGAGGAGGGUGUGGAAACUGAGGACGGGGCAGGAAACCCCGCAGGGAACACACCCAUACCCCACAACACAGGAGUGGGGGUCAGCACACGGCGCACCACCUAUGUCAUGGAGGCGCCAUCCAUUGAAGAUAAGACCUCAUUACCCAACCUGCCCGCCCCAGUUGCUCCACCUAAACCUGCACGACCUACCAAGCCUCGGCCCAAAAGUCGAAUCUCUCGCUACCGGUCCAGCUCAUCCCAGCGUGCCCGGCGGCAGCGUCAAGCCCUCGCCCAACAGGCAGCGGCGGCCGCGGCUGCUGCAGCGGUCGCAGCGACACCAUCGUCAUCCGAGCAAGGUGCUGCUCUGGAUGAGGAGGGAUCUCAGGGCCCAUAUGGUGCUGAACUGGGCCACGGGGAGGGCGGUCUGGGGGCCAGUCAUCUCCUAGAGGGGGAUGGCCAGGGACUAAGCUGCAUAAACAGAGGCAACUUGCGCUACCCCAAGACCAAGAAGUACCUGGUGACAGAGUGGUUAAACGACAAGGUUCCUGGAGGGGAGAAGGUCCACCAAGAGUUGCCCGUUGAGCGGCCGCUGCGGAUAACCACUGACCCCACGGUGCUGGCCACCACCCUCAACAUGUUGCCAGGCCUCUCACACUCAUCGCUCAUCUGCACCACACCCAGACACUACGUCCGCUUCGGCUCCCCCUUCAACCCCGAGAGACGCCGACCCCGCCCGCUCCAAAUGGACGGCACUUAUGGCUGCUUCAAAAAGAGAUGGAUCAAGCAAGUGGAGGAUGAGAGUUAUUCAGCCAGUGUGGAGGACGGCACUGAGUCCACCUCCUCCCAGCAAAGUACCAGCAGCAGAUCCACCCCCAACCCACUGUCUAGCGAACUGAAUGCACCGUUCAAGAAGCGCCGCGCCAAGUAUAUGACAGAGACAACACCAGCACCUUCAGACCACCUGCUACGCCCUCUGUCACCCAUCACACCGCCCCUCCCAGAGGACCCCCUCCACCCGCUGCUCCACACCCCAUGUGGCUCCCUGCUGCCCAACGGCCUGGCAUACUCACCCAUGCCCUCACUGCCUGCCAGCCGCUGCAACACGCCGCUGCAAUUCGAAAACAUAUCAUCCCCUGAGGCAUCUCCUGUUCACCGGCCAGAGUCCAUCUCUCCUGAGCCAUGUCUUCAGACAGACUUUGACGUCCCUCGGCCCCAGUUCCCAGACCUGUCACUUCCCUCCAGCUUGGAGAGCCCCGUGGCCGUAACCUCAGAUGACUUUUCCCUUCCUGGAGGUCCUUCAGGCCACGAUUCCCAGGGCCCAUCAUCUGUAGGCACCAGUUCCCUAAACCCAGUGUCCUGUCCCACCUCAGACCUAACCCCCCAAAACAGGGAGCAGGCCUUCAGGACAGAGUUCAACCUCAUAUACACCUGCUCACCUCUCAACGCAAACCUGGGGAACCCCGUGGCCACUGACCGGCGCCUCUCCCAGUCGGAAGGAGGUUUCUCCCCAGCAGAGUCCUUCCAUAGUUCCAUAAGCGGCCAGGGUCUGCUGGGGGAUGUAGGCCCUGGCUCAAUGUCACCCUACGGUGAGCCUCAUUAUGGGGGAGGCUACCCAGAUAGUGGCACACCUCCUCACACCAGCAACCCACCGCAAAAGAAGAAGAGGGCCAACCAGCAUACCAUUAGUCUGCUGACAGGGAAGCCAGAUUACCAGGCUAUAGCUGUAAGAAGUGAAUACAAGCCAGUACAAAAUAUGGUGUCUUUGCUGGAGUACCGUAAGAGGAAGCAGGGCAGCAGUCGUGACUCAGAGCCAGCCGGCAGCAGCUCGUCCCUGGGCGGCACCCCCACUCGGCCUGGCUCCCACUACAGCCAGGACUCCCAUCAUCUCCUUCCCCAUCCCCACUCACAUCACCAGAUGCAGCCACCGGCCUCCCCGCACAGCUCUUUCUCCUCUUCAGCACAAACCUCCUCCAUCCCACAGAUAGAGGAGGUCAGUCCUCCAGACCACCAGGGCUCGUCUGUGCAGUCCAGACGCCCGGAGAGCAACAACCAGUGGAUGGUUCCCACCAGUGUUGAACGUCUAAGGGAAGGUCAGGGGGUUCUGGAGCGAGUGCUCAGAAGCAUCAAGAUGGAGCGAAUAUACAAGAGGAGUGAUGGCUCUACAGAGAAAGAAUCUGAUGCAGAUCGGUAUGAGAUGCAGGCCGUGUCCAUGGCUUCCCCCAUGAAGAGUCCACACAGAUACAGUCCAUCUGUGUACUCACACCAGUCAUCAGAAAGUCACCGGCAGACCGACAGUCCAUCAUUCAUCCAGCAAACCUCCAACUCUCCAUUCCGGGGUUCCUACAGUCCCUCAUCAGGCCAGAGCUUCUACCCACGCCUCUCCUCCUCCUCCCACCCAGGCCUGUCCCAGGACCACCCUCCAUCCUCCUACCCCAUUCACACCACCACCCCCACCUCCUCGUCAGACUCCAGGUCGCCAGCGGGCUCUCUACACCAGCAGAGUGGCAGCAGUAACGUGGACGGAGGUCACAGCUACGGCAGCAGCCACUUAAAAGCGAGCCUUUUGAACAGCAGCGGCCUGGCGGGGACUCCUACCCCGGGACCCAGGGCCCACGGGCAGACUAAAACAGACUCGAGUGCCCAGGCCUCCAGAGGGAGCCAGCAGCAGGCGUCUCGCGGCCUGAAGUCUGGCAGCCCGGGCCAGCUGCAGGCCGGCUCCAGGCUGCUGUCGGCCUCCGGACCGACACACUAUCCACAGAGAGGGACAAGCCUCAGUCAGUUCCAGCACUCCCCUCUCCAGGGACCGGGAGUAAGGACACAGUCAGGAAGCUUUUAGGACCUUGUUCAAGUAUGUGUGAGCGUGUGUGUAUGUGUGUGUGUAUGAAGCUGCGUACCUCCUCAACCCCUAAACCUGUGGUGAAAUGGGGCUCAGGGAGUUUGGGGAGGGGAAAUGUACAGACCUAAGAGGAGCACGGACUUCUUUACGGAUUUCUCCUUUUCUUAUUUUCUGUCUUUUCUUUCUUUAUUUUCAGAAAAAAAAACAAAUGACCACAUUCUGCACAAAGCUAAUCAUUGACUCGGGACAUCAUUAUGGAAUCAAUGGAAAAAGCGAUUUGGAUAACACGUUCUGGAAAAAAAAAAAACAAGAAAUCACAUGUAACUUGAAAUUGUCCCCAGUGUUUCGUCAUGUGCCGGACUGUGCAAACAGGCUCUAUAAUGUGGGAAAGUUAAAAGUUCCACACAAAUGUCUGUACAAAGUUAUUAAAAAAAAAACAAACCCUACCUGUCGUCAUGGUACCCAGGUUGGAUAAAUGCUGAGACGCAUAUGUAACUGAAAGCAAGAGUUGUUUUAUUUUUAAACUUUUUUUUUUUUUUUUUGUCAACGUUACUUUUUUGAUUUGGCGAGUGGCCGAGUCUGUGCUGCAGUAAGUAAGUGUUUCAUUUGGAAAGGGGAAAUAAUGCAAGGUCAACACGUCAAUCAUCCGUUCUAAAGAUGCAUUAGAGGGGAGGGGAGGGGAGGGGGGGGGUUCUCCCUGGAUAGGAUCAUUCCACAUGAUUACCAGCUUCCGUGUUAUCUCACUAAACAUGAAAACAAGCCCCCUUUUUUUUUUUUCCUCAAGGUUCUCCGUCUGUUCCAGUGUUCUGUUGUUUUUUUUUCCCUCCCUCCUCUGUUCGUUCAUCCCCACUGGACUCUUUGAUUUCACUCUAGUACUACUUCACUGUAGACUUCUGAUAUUGUACUUGAGACAUACAGGUCUUAUGAUUCAUGGUGCUGCAUUAUUGUUUUUUUUCCAAUAAAUUUGAAAUCCAGUUAUGUUCCCCA